AUGGGUGUUCCCGCUCUUUUCAGAUGGCUCAGCAAGAAAUACCCGAAAAUCGUUUCUCAGGUAGUUGAAGAAGAACCCACACGAGUUCCAGAUGCAGACGGAAAUCUUGUUGAACUGCCUAUGGAUACAUCCACUCCCAAUCCUAAUGGAUUUGAGUUGGAUUGCUUGUACCUGGAUAUGAAUGGCAUUGAUGCUGAUCUUAUCAUGUUGGCACUCGCCACUCACGAGCCACAUUUCCGUGUUCUUCGCGAAGAUGUUUUUGCGGAUUCCAACAAAAACAGCUGCAGAAUAUGCGGCCAGGAGGGACAUUUUGCCGCACAAUGUACAGGGAAACCUAAGGAGAAAGACACAUCAAAACCCCCAGAGAAGAAACCGUUUAUUUUCCUUGACGUAGCGAUCUGGAAAGACGAACUCCCGCGCAUGGGUGGCUAUUUGGCUGAGCAUGGGCAGGCAAACAAAGCGAAUGUGCAGAUUAUGCUCGAGGGACUGGCUAAACGAGAGGAUGAGAUUUUCAGGAAAAGACGUGAAGGUCCGCAUAAAACUAUUUACAUAUACCCUGUGCAGGGUGAACUAAAUAUCAACUAUGAUGUAGCCGAAGAGCGUCAGGAGCAGAACGCCAAACGACGCAAAGUGGAGCAACAACGUGCUAAGGAGCGGGAGCAAGAUGCUCAAUUAGUCGAGGUUACUCAAUCGUCAUCCGCCCCUAGUGGGCCACACGGACUCCCGUCGCGCCCUACUUUUGACGUCUUCACAGGUUCCUCAUUACCCAAUAACCCAACUUUUGGCGGGUCUAACAGCGAAGUCGUAGCCAAUCGUGCUGCACUACGGCUUGCUAAUCUCAGUGCAGCCGAUGCUAUGCGCGCUGAGCUGGCAGGAGCCACCCCUCUCAAACCCUCUAGUCGUGCCACUCCAGUCAGUAAGCUGACCAUCUCCGCUCCUGUGGAGCAAGUCCCUACGCCUGAGCAAGCAGCCGACUCCAAACCUGAGCCUGAGGCUCCAGUGGCAGCAUCGGAGGGUCCUGAAGAGACCGGUGAGCCUGAUGAAUCGGUUAACCCUCAACCGAUGGACACGGAUAUAGUUGAUGGCGCUGUGGAAGCCCUCAUCACAAGUGCUGUUGACCGUGCUGUUGAACCUGAGGGACCGCGAGGUAUCAAGCGCUCAGUGGAAGAGAUAGAAAAGGAUGAAACCGAUACCCCCGCCGAGGACGAAGAGCCAACUGUCAAGAAGGCCCUUAAGGUGAACCCAGACGGUACUGUCGAGCAGGAAGAUACUAUUAAACUUUGGGAACCAGGUUACAAAGAGAGGUAUUAUCGGUCUAAGUUUGGGGCCGAGCUCAACGACACCGAGCUGCGGAAACAAAUCACUACCUCAUACAUGGAAGGGCUUUGCUGGGUGCUGCAAUAUUACUACCAAGGAGCACCGUCCUGGACUUGGUUCUAUCCCUACCAUUUUGCGCCAUUCGCCGCCGACUUCGAGGAUGUAGAACAUAUGGACAUAAAGUUCAACCUUGCCAGUCGUGUCCAUAUCCCUACACCAUUCCAAUCACUCAUGACGGACGAGGACUCGCCCAUUAUUGACUUUUAUCCCACGGAAUUCGAGAUUGACAUGAACGGGAAGAAGAUGUCGUGGCAAGGAGUUGCGCUGCUCCCCUUUAUCGACGAGAAGAGACUCCUUGGUGCAAUGGCUGAAAGGUACCCCGAGCUCAGCGAUGACGAAGUUCGUAGAAACAAGUGGGGGUCCAACCAUAUAUACGUUUCCGAUGGGAACGACCUAUACGAUUUCUUCUGUGGACUCUAUACCAAACGGGGGCCCAUUCCACUAGACACUCGUCUCAGUCGCGGCAUAUCCGGCACAGUCUUACACGAUCCCGCAUGCGUACCCGACUCAUCAUAUCCAUCCCCUCUUACCCGAGUUGGCCUGCCAGACAUAGUUGCCAAUCGCACUUUGUCGGCUCAAUUCUACUACCCCCGGCAAAUCACCCCGCACCGCUCUAUACUUCUUCCCGGAGCACGAUUGGCCCCCAAAGUCCUCGGACAAGCAGACGCCGAACACGUUAUGCGUGGGGGAGAAUCGCGACGCGGAGGCAGAGGUAGAGGAGGCGGCCGAGGUGGAACUCCACGAGACGCCGGAUUUGUCAGCUCCACAGGAGGAUACAGUGAUAGGCCUGGUGCUUACGAGCGCAAUGGUUCUAGAUUCUCUCAGUACGAUAGUUAUAACGGUGGAUACGGGAGCGGAUACUCUGGGAACGGUGGUCCUGGAGGUUAUGCAGGCUACGGUGGAAACGGAGGAGGUGGAGGCUAUGGUGGCUAUGGUGGAGGAAACGGAGGUGACGGAGGGCAUCGAGGAGGCAAUGACGGCUAUAGGGGUGGAGGUGGCGGAGGAGAGGGGGUAUAA